CACUUGGACUCAUCUGGUGUUUGCUACUUCUAUCGCGUUAUCGUGUUGUUCAGGAGAACUUCCUGCGGCAUUAAUGGCUUUAACUUCGGUGCGCAACAGCUGAGGAGAGAAGGUGAACCAACACCAGAGUCUUCAAAAGCUCUCAGCUUUCUCAUUAAGAACAAUGUGGGACGCCAGAGAAGAUCAUGGAAGUACAGUCGGACGAGCUGCUCGGCUUUAAUAAACUCGCAGCGCUUCACUGAUGGAGUUUAAUCCACUUUUUCUCUGUGGGAAGUUUCUUUUGUCUCCCGGUUAUGGACGGAGGACAGUCGUCAUGGACUCUCACACCUGAGUGUGCAGCCUCUGUCAACACAUGAGAGGAGGAACCGUGUUUUGUAUGAUGGGAUCUCGAGGUGUGUCCGACAGCAGCAGGACUAUGAGGAUCAGACAUGGGACAAAGAUCCAGCAUCACUCCAAACCCAUCCACAAAAUAUACUUCACUUUUAUUCUGCUUCUGCUCAUUUUCACACCGAGAGUGGAUUCUUCGUGGUGGUACAUCGGGGCGCUGGGUGCUCGGGUGAUCUGUGACAACAUUCCUGGCCUGGUGAACAAGCAGCGGCAGCUCUGCCAGCGGCACCCGGACCUGAUGCAGUCCAUCGGGGAGGGAGCCAAAGAGUGGAUCAAAGAGUGCCAGCACCAGUUCAGGAACCACCGCUGGAACUGCAGCACGCUGGAGCGAGACCACACUGUGUUUGGCAGAGUGAUGCUGCGAAGCAGCCAAGAGGCAGCGUUCGUGUACGCCAUCUCCUCGGCAGGGGUGGUCUACGCCAUCACCAGGGCCUGCAGCGUGGGGGAGCUCAAGAUCUGCAACUGCGACGGCCACAAGCGUGGACAAGCGAGCGACGACAAGGGGAAUUUUGACUGGGGUGGAUGCAGCGACAACAUCAACUAUGGCAUAAAGUUUGCCAAAGCUUUCGUAGACGCCAGGGAGAGGAUGGUGAAAGACGCCCGCGCACUGAUGAACCUGCACAACAACCGGUGUGGUCGGAUGGCGGUGAAGCGGUUUAUGAAGCUGGAGUGCAAGUGUCAUGGGGUCAGCGGCUCCUGUUCUCUGAGAACCUGUUGGCUGGCCAUGUCAGACUUCAGGCGAACCGGAGACUACCUGCGCAAGAAGUACAACACGGCCAUCGAGGUGACCAUGAACCAGGACGGGACGGGUUUUACGGUGGCCGACAGGGACUUCAAAGGAAGCACCAGGAAUGAGUUAGUAUACGUGGAGAACUCCCCAGAUUACUGUCUCAUGGACCGAGCCGCUGGCUCCUUAGGAACAUCGGGCAGAGUGUGCAACAAGUCUUCGAGAGGCACGGACGGCUGUGAGGUCAUGUGCUGUGGGCGAGGCUACGACACCAUGCGAGUCAAGCGCGUCACCAAGUGUGAGUGCAAGUUCAAGUGGUGCUGCGCUGUGGAAUGCAAAGACUGUGAGGACAUGGUGGACAUUCACACCUGCAAGCCCCACAAGCGACCGGACUGGCUGGACAUAACCUAAAAAAGGAGACGUCACCAACCACUGACUCAUUAACCCCUGCGCUAAUGACUGCAUUUUAUUAUGAGAUAUAGGAUUGGGAUCCUUUAACUGUAAUACCUCUGACUUUUGAGCCUUUGACACUUCAGAAGCUUUUUGCUAAACUGGAAAAUAUAACCAGUUACUGUUUGUUGCUACGAUCCAAGAACAAUUUGUUUAAGAAAAAAAAAUAUAUGACUUGUAAAUGCACCGUUUGUUUAGGAAGAAAAAUUAUGUCUGCUGAUUUACAGUAUGUUAAGACGAUGUGAGCACAUGAUUGAGCACAAACUCAUGAUCAUAGCAAUGAGCACAAUAGGAAUGUUUGCCUGAGGAAAUAGAGAUGGAAAUACCGUUCAGCUUUUGUACAAACACUGACACAUUUAAAUGACAUUAAACCAUUGUAUGGUUCUGCAACAAAUAAUGUAAAAAACACAGACUGCUUGAUUCUGAUUAAUGCAACUCGAACAAACAAAAAAAAUUGACAAAUAUCGCACUGUGAAAUCAAAGGAACAAAAAGCAGGAGAACAAUAAUGUACUUCCAGUUAAAACGGCAGCGUUGGAGUUCAGUUGGUUCUCAGGGGGUAAAAGGGCACACCAAUAGGAAAAAUGAAGUUUUAAAUGGACUGUGGAUUACUGUGUAUAAUUCACCAGUUUCACACUGUAUCCUACAUAUCUGAAUGUCAAUAACUAACAGGAGUUGUCUAAUUCAAAUAGUUACAUUUUUUUAACACAGCUAUCAACUGUCCAGACCAUAGACUAUAUAUAAAGAUAUGAAGCUAAUAUAUCCUGGAUUCUGUGGUGUAGUGAUUGUGGUGUGGAGCGACCGUAUCAAGCUCCUGCCGAGACACGCACUUGACCGGUUGCAAGUCAGUCCCAGUUGUCUUCAGUCCCCCAUCGUCUUCUGCUUUUCUGGGAUCUGAUCGCCAAGUCGGUAUCCUGAACGACCCUCUCCAUAGCAGAACCUUCCAGCUCUUCCUAAGGAAUUCUGAGGCAUUCCUAGACCAGAUGGGAUAUGUAGUCCCGCCAGCAAGUUCUGGGUGUACCCCAGGUCUCCUCCCUGUUGGGCGUGCCCAGUUAACCUCCAAAGGAAGGCGGUCAGUAGGCACCCUCGCUAGCUGCCUGAGAAAAAUGUAUAUAAUGUGUACCUUGACUUUUUUAUUUCACCCAUGCUCCAUAUGUGGACGAGACAGGGUUCAUGACCUAUACUGCAGCCAGCCAUCUUGGGUGCGAUUAAGGUCGCAUUUCCACUGUUGAUAGUUCAGACAAACAACAGUAAUGUAUGAAAACCAGCCCCCAUAGUCAGUCCAGUUAGGCGUUUUGGACAAAAUAAUGUUGGUACAAAGUUGAAACCAGUUAAUGUCCUCUGACAAGCAUUGGCCGGUUGAGUAUAUUCCGAGUAGAUUAGUUUGAGACCAGAAUGAUGCAAUUUCAAAAUCAAACUGAUGACAGUAAUAUUUUGUUUGAAGUGAUGACUUUCCGAAGUUGUAAUUCCUGUUCCUCACAACAAAUUGAGGUGAUUGGGUGUAACUCACAGAUUUAUGUCUCAAACUGGCCUCACUGUCUCAUCUAACGCUCUACCAACACAACGCCUUAGAUUUUUCUUUUUCUGAACGCAGGGUUGAUUUUGAUGUGAAUAUUCUGUUAGUAUCAUCGUUUAAUAUAGUGUUAAAAACAUGCUUGUAUGCAUAAAUGUUUCCAUCCAUCCAAAUUUGUGUGGUAAGAAAGAGAUGAAUCCUGAAAGUUUAAAUCCUGUGUACA